AUGUUAUACCUUAUACUAUUGAUAUUUCUUCCUCAUAGCGAACUGAAAAGUUUUAAAAAAUAUGAAGUAACGGAAGAAAUGACCGAAGAACGAGUCGACGAAGACAUUAAGUGGAUGUUGUUACCAAACGGACGAGGCGACCCACAAUUGGCUAUAAUAUCGGGCUUGGAAAAAAAUAGUGCAGCAGAACCAUUAGUCGAAAAUAUAAAAUUCUAUUUAUAUACAAGGGACAAUCCAACGAGAGCUGAAAUGCAAACUAUGGACAAAAACUGUUUGCCGAUAUUUAAAUACUUCCGUUCUCAGAGAAAAACGAAAGUAUUAGUUCAUGGUUUUGGUGAUAGCGCUGAGGAUUCUCUUAUGUUUCCAUUACUUAGAGAUGCAUUUUUGAACUACAACGAUUAUAAUAUAUUCACUGUUGAUUGGUCUGAACUGGCUGCUGUUCCUUGGUAUAAUUCUGCUGCAAAAAAUACUAAACACGUAUCAAAACAUUUGGCUUCUUUCAUAGACCAUUUAACAUCAUCUACUGAUGCUCGUACAGAUGAUUUUCAUUUGAUUGGAUUUUCAUUAGGAGCACAUGUUGUUGGUCUUACAAAUAACGAAUUGAAAUCUGGAAAAGUUAAACAUAUAACUGGGCUGGAUCCCGCGGAGGUACUGUUUUCUUCGUCAAGCCCCGAAGAACGGCUUGAUUAUAGUCAGGCAAAACUAGUCGAAGUCGUACACACGUCAGGAGGAUUUCUUGGAUUUAAAAAACGACUUGGGCAUAGGGAUUUUUAUCCCAAUGGUGGUGCCUGGCCUCAACCUGGUUGUAAAAUUGAUUAUGCUGCGGUAUGUAGUCAUCGCAGAGCGUACUAUUAUUAUGCAGAAGCAAUAACUAAAAGUGAAGGUUUUAUUGCUGUUCCGUGUCCUUCUUAUGAGGAUUAUACGUCAGGAGCUUGUUCAAAUAAUACAGAUCUAUCAGUACAAUUAGGGAAAGCACCUUUUGAUAAAUCAAAAGAAGGAAACUAUUAUUUAAUUACAAACUCGGAUUCUCCUUACGGUAAAGUAAGUAAACACUAG